ACGCCACCCACACCAAAAUGAUUGGAAUUAUACAUCCGCCUCCUAACAUUAGGACCAUUGUAGAUAAAACCUCCCAGUUCGUCGCCAAGAAUGGUCCAGAAUUUGAAAAGAGGAUUAUUGCAUAUAACACAGGAAAUGCCAAGUUCAAUUUCUUGAACUCAUCGGAUCCCUAUCACGCCUAUUAUCAACCCAUGCCGGUGGCGCGGCGUCACCUGCUACCCUCUCACCGCCACGGUUACCGCCGUGAGCCUCCCCUUCGCCUCCCUCUCCGGCCCCUUUCCCGCCGUCCUCUGCCGCAUCGUCUCCCUAACCGCCCUCAACCUCACCACCAACCUCAUCAACUCCACCCUCUCCGCCGUCGUUGCUGCGGCGUGACGCAACCUCGUCAUCCUCGACCUCUCCCAGAACAACCUCGUGGGCCCCAUUUGGGACUCCCUCGCCGGAAUGGUCACGCUCCAGCACCUCGACCUCUCCGGCUAGGACCUCUCCGACGACAUUCCGGCGAGCCUCGCUGCCCUCUCCCGCCUCAAAACCCUCAAGCUUGUCAGCAACCUCCUCACCGGAACAAUACCCUCUUCCCUCGGCAACCUCACUUUGUUAAAACAUCUUCAAUUUAUAAAAAUUAUGUGAAGUAA